AUGGCGUCUGCAACACAAAAAAAACGUAAAAAUCCAUUUUCUGAUAAAAAAUCUAAACAAGCAAAACAAACGAAUCUUGGAGAUGCAAUACAUUCUCAAGAAAAUCGUCAUCUAUCAUUAUUAUUAUCAUUAGAUCAUAUACGGAUAUUUGCUAUGCGUCGUCCUAAACCAGCAUGUUUAACAAAUGAAAAUUGGCUUGUUUAUAAUGUUACAUCAACAACAAAAGAAAAAUGGUGUUCAGAAUUUAGUCCAUUUUUCUUAGGUCCAAUUGAAUUAUAUUCAAAUAAUAAAGAUGGUAAAAUGUUCAUUGCAAAAAAUAUGGAAAAUGCUUGGCAAUUCUGUAAAGUUUAUAAACAAUUUACUGAUACAGAUGGUUAUUCACCGUCACAAGCCUAUUGGCAAUGGGCUGAAAAUGGUUGGAAUGAUUCUAAACCACAUCGUUUUCCACUUGGACGUAAAGCAAGUAAACCACUUUAUUCUUUAUGGAAUGGAAAAAAAUUAAAUUAUAUUGAAGCACGUAAAAUAAUCUAUGCACCAUUAUAUGCAAAAUAUGUUGAACAAACAGAUGCAUAUAAAAAAUUAAAUGAUAUUUAUAUAAAAUAUUGUUGUGAAGAUAAAAAUGAUAAACAUAAAAAACCUAUGGCAUUAUUAGAUUUUGAUGGUUGGGAUCAUUUAGGACAAGGUUAUACAUUAGAACAAGUUAUUAAUAUGCCAAAACCAAAAAUGGGUCAUGCUUUUGUUUUAGCUGGUCUUUUAGAAAAUAAUUUAUUUUGGUUAUCUGAACCAGAAAAAUCAAAUGCAGAAGAAUUAAGAAAAUCUGGUCGAUUAUUAAAAGAUAUUUGA